CGAAGCAGCAGUAGCAGCAGCAGCACCCAGCAGAGCUCAAGCAGCAGGCAGGAGGCCCAGGAGAACUGCAGCCAUCUCUACCAAGAGCUACAGGGAUCCAGACACUGAUGACAGCCAGUCAGAGGCAGAGAAACCUCUGUCUCCCGAGUACUCCUCCACUAAUCAUCUGGAGAAAGCUGAGAAAACCCACAACGCUGCCCAAGUGAAGAAGAAAAGGACUGCCAGCAAACAACCAACCAAAAGCUACAGGAAGCCAGAAAGCAGCGAAUCAGAGUCGGAGCUCUUGGCACUGCAGCCACCCAAUUCCAAGAAACAUAUUGAAGGCCAGCAGGGGAAGGUGGAGAAGAGCCGUUUAGAGGUUCCAGAGGUGAAGAAGAGAAAAAACACCUCCUCUGAGCAAUCCACAGAUACACACCAGAGACUGGACAGCAACAAGCAGUCAGAUCUGAAAAAGCCAUCUGGUUCGAAGGAGUUGCGGCCUAAGAAUGUUCUUCCGGAAACUCCGAAGUUUAACAAGAAAGAUUACGCCCAUGCCAAAGAUCAGAUGAAUGGAGUGAAGGAUUCCUGGGCGGCCCGCCAGACCUCUUUCUGUCCGUCCCCUCCUCUGAUCGAGAGGAUGAGAUCUGCCGAGAGGUCAGCCCCAACCUUCGGUUUGACCUGCUCCCCUCUCCUCACCCCGUUGGGAUCCCCACUCCCUGCCUCCCCUGAGCCUCCCUGCGAGGACACCCCCUCGCCAAUCCUGCUGCUUCCCAAACCUCGCUCUACACUCAGCAGUAAAGGGACCUUCAGGCUCUCCUCUUUCUGCAGCGUGGAUAAGAAGCACAGAUCAUCCAAGACUCACUCGGUCCAGUCUGUACGCUCUCUCUCUUCACUCAGCCGCAAAGGUCAAACAACCAAAGGUCAAACAACCAAAGGUCAAACCCCCGCUGCAGGUUUCCCCAUUGGACCUCGUGCAGCAGAGAUAAGUUCAAUCCAGCAGAGUCUGCACUCAGCGCCUCCAUCGCCUUUGUCUCCGUCCGCUCGGCCCCUGUUGACAUCCACCUUCCUCGAGCAGGAGAAGCCCCCCAUGUCUUCUCCUCCUCAGUCUACGAUCCCUGAAGUCACCGUCAGCAGCCGUUAUGGCUUCAGUAAAAUGUCUUCAGUAUCCUGGGUUUCCAGCCAGUCGUCCACUAAGUCAUCAGUACUCACCAGCCGAGUUAAGGAGAGCCCCGAUGACAGCCUGGCUGUGUCUCAUAAAAGAGAGAAAACACCAUCUUCAGACCGAGAACGAAACUCUGAGCAGCUUCGUAUCUCAGGACCAGGUCGCAAGCGCCACAUCUCAUCGUCGAGUGAUUCUGAGGAAGAUGAGAAGGAAGAGAAGAAAAAAAGCAGGAUCAGAGGGCAGCGUUCUCCUCGGAUGAAACCGAGGAAGUUGUUCAAGUCCUUCACUGGGAUGUCUGCUGACGCUGAGGUGAGCCACGUGAUGUCUUCUUCCCACACAAUGAGCUCCAGUCACUGCUGGGAGGCCGAGAGGGGAGACGGAGACAUGGAGGAGGAGGACUGCGACUUACCAAACCUGGCUGUGAACCAGAGCAGCAUGUUCCAGCAGUUCAGCAACGACCUGAAGAAUAAGUUCAAGAACCGUCACAACAUGGUGGAGAUUUACAACAAGCAGACUCUGAAGACCGUCCAGCAGCACGUCUCCUCCCUCAACACGCAGGUCACCAAGCACAG